GAGCAUUAAGUGGAAUGUCUUCUCUACGUAGUUCGAGCUGCAAUAGAGAAAAACAAUAUUGGAAACAAAACUGUAGAAAAUUGCGUGUGUAUACUUCGUAAUCUUUCGUAUAGAUGUCAGGAAGUGGAAGAUCCCAACUACGAUAAGCAUCCCUUCAUAACGCAAGAUAGGGCUAUCCCAUCUUCGUCAAAAGGAGAAAAUUUAGGAUGCUUUGGAACAAGUAAAAAAAAGAAAGAAGUGUCUGCUACUGAAGCUCUUCAGGACUAUAGCAUAUCCACAGAGUAUUCUAAAAGUUCAGUAACUAAUAGCCAGAUGAAUAAGGGCUACGAACAAUUAUGGCAACCGGAAGUAGUUCAAUAUUACUUAUCGUUAUUGCAAAGUUGUUCUAAUCCAGAAACACUUGAAGCUGCGGCAGGAGCAAUUCAAAAUUUAUCUGCAUGUUAUUGGCAACCCAGCAUUGAUAUUCGUGCAACAGUGCGUAAAGAAAAAGGUCUACCUAUUCUAGUAGAGCUCCUUCGGAUGGAAGUGGAUCGCGUAGUCUGUGCAGUUGCUACUGCCCUACGCAAUCUAGCUAUUGAUCAGCGAAAUAAAGAACUAAUUGGAAAGUACGCUAUGCGCGAUUUAGUCCAAAAACUUCCAUCUGCAAAUGUACAGCAUGACCAAAACACAUCGGAUGAUACCAUAACAGCUGUAUUGGCUACAAUUAAUGAGGUCAUAAAAAAGAAUCCAGAAUUUUCUCGUUCACUUUUAGAUGCAGGUGGUAUAGACCGGCUUAUGAAUAUAUCGAGACGAAAAGAAAAAUAUACUUAUUGUGUAAUAAAGUUUGCUAGUCAAGUUUUGUAUACGAUGUGGCAACAUCACGAACUACGAGACGUCUACAAAAAAAACUGUUGGAAAGAGCAUGAUUUUAUUAGUAAAAAUUUCACUGCGCACAGCACUCCACCAAGUUCACCAAACAAUGCCAAUAACACCCUUAACCGACCAAUGGCAUCUCAGGGACGUACGCGCUAUGAAGACAAAACAAUUCAGCGUGCACCUCGUUCUUCAUAUAGGAAUAAUGACUCUAGUGGAGCUGUUAUGUCGAAUAAUGAAUCAGCCUUGCUUUCGGAAAUGGUUAGAAAACAAUUAUAGAAUGUAUAUUUGUU